AUGGCGCCGAAGAAAGACAAGAAGCCUAAGAAGUCAACCUGGAAGUUUAAUUUGGAUCAUACUCAUUCAGUAGAAGAUGGAAUUUUUGAUUCUGGAAAUUUUGAACAGUUUCUGCGGGAGAAGGUUAAAGUGAAUGGAAAAACUGGAAAUCUUGGGAACGUCGUUCACAUUGAACGCUUCAAGACUAAAAUCAUAGUCGUUUCUGAGAAACAGUUCUCUAAAAGGUAUUUGAAGUACCUUACCAAGAAAUAUCUUAAAAAGAACAAUCUUCGUGAUUGGCUUCAUGUGGUUGCAUCUGACAAGGAGACUUAUGAGCUUCGUUACUUCCAGAUUAGUCAAGAUGAAGAUGAAUCUGAGUCUGAGGACUAG